CCCGACUCAACUUCCAAUUUCGUGGGAGUUGGUCUCGGCUUCCUAUAUUGUCUCCGAGGCGAGAGUCUCAACUGCGGAAUCAAAUAUCUAACACACAAUUAUUUUCUUACAUUUUCUCAGGAAAUUCAAUUCACUUCAAGCUUCACCCUUGUAUUUCUCUUAUUACCUUACCAGAAAUAGUCUUUAUCCGUUUAACUUAAAUAUAAAGGUUUACUAGGUUUUCUUCAGGUGCGCAAACGAAAUCAUAGAAUCAUAAAAUGGAUAUUGAUGAGAUUAUUGGGGAGACCGCAAGGUCGUCCAUGAACCUACCAACAAAGAGUGCAAUUUAUGUGUGGGGAUAUAAUCACAGUGGGCAAACGGGCAGGAAGGGCAAGGAGCUUCAAUUGCGGAUUCCAAAGCAGCUUCCUCCUGAGCUCUUUGGGUGCCCGGCGGGUGCCAAUGCUCGCUGGUUAGAUAUAGCUUGUGGCCGUGAGCACACUGCGGCUGUAGCCUCUGAUGGCUCGCUUUUCACUUGGGGUGCUAAUGAAUUUGGUCAAUUGGGCGAUGGCACUGAGGAGGGGAGGAAGCACCCUAAAAAAGUCAAGCAGUUGGAGACUGAGUUUGUGAAAUCUGUAUCUUGUGGAGCACAUUGUACUGCUGCUAUUGCAGAGCCUCGUGAAAAUGAUGGAUCCAUGUCAACAAGUAGACUUUGGGUUUGGGGACAAAACCAAGGUUCAAAUUAUCCACAUUUAUUAUGGGGGGCCUUUGCACCAAACACGAUUAUCCGUCAAGUAUCCUGUGGUGCAGUACAUGUGGUGGCUUUAUCAGAGGAUGGCCUACUACAAGCUUGGGGCUAUAAUGAAUAUGGUCAACUUGGCAGAGGUGUAACUUGUGAAGGACUUCAGGGAGCUCGUUUAAUAAAUGCUUAUGCAAAGUUUCUUGAUGAAGCCCCUGAGCUCGUGAAGAUUACCCAGGUGUCAUGUGGGGAGUACCACACAGCUGCUAUAUCUGAAAAAGGCGAGGUCUAUACAUGGGGACUAGGAAAUAUGGGCCAACUUGGCCACACUUCUCUUCAGUCUGGGGAUAAAGAGCUACUGCCUAGGCGUGUGGUUGCUCUUGAUGGAAUUUCCAUAAAGAAAGUCGCAUGUGGAGGUGUACACACUUGUGCUGUGACUGAAAAAGGAGCUCUUUAUGCCUGGGGUGGUAGUCAAGCUGGGCAGUUAGGCCUUGGCCCCCAAAAUGCAUCAUUUUCAUUUAUUCCUAGUGAUACUGAAUCAUUUCUUCGAAAUAUCCCUGUGUUGGUAGUACCUAGUGGCGUGCAACUGGUUGCUUGUGGACAUUCUCACACACUUAUUUCUUUGAAGGAUGGAAGGAUACAUGGAUGGGGUUAUAAUAGCUAUGGACAGGCUGCUAAUGAGCAAACUACAUAUGCUUGGUAUCCAUCACCGGUGGACUGGUGUGUAGGGGAAGUGCGAAAACUAGCAGCUGGCGGUGGCCAUUCUGCAGCGUUGACUGAUGCUUGUUCCUUAAAAGAGUUGUGUGAAUUUAGACUUGCAGAUAGUGUUAAUCUAUCAAAUGCUUUGGAGAUUGAGGAUGCUGCAUCCAGAAAUGGAGCAGAUGCUUUAGCACGCCUCUGUGGAAGAUUAAGGGAGCAGUUUCUGGAUUGUGAUGAGAUAGGUUGUGAAGAUGAUGAGAUGAGCGGUGGGAAGAACUGAAGAAACAAAUGAACUUCGGUGUUACUAUGUAUUUGCUGAUUAGGACUGCAAAAUUGAUUAACUUUAUUAUUCAGAUGAUUAUUGUACAAGUUAGUCUAUGCUCCAGUGUAUUUCUGGUGAGUCACCCAGAGGGCGCAAUGCCUGUAAAAUUAAAAUUCAUCUGUUUGAUUUAUGGACUUGUAAUUGGAUAUUCGUUAAACUUGAACAUUAGUAAAAUAUGACCAUUGUUGUACUUGAAA